AUGGAGUUAUUGAACCCUUUGGACACACAGCAACCGUUACCAAAUUCAACUUCUUCACCAUCGCCAGAUCAAUUCAAGAACGAACGACGUGAGAACUCGAUUGAGUCUGAGCAGCUAUCGCCAACUACGGGGAAAAAGCGAGCUAUUGAAGAGAUCGAUGUCAAAGAUGAUGAUACAUCAACAUCCAGCAGUACUCCCACACCAACACAGCAACAACCACAGCCUAGGAAACAACGUCGACCAAGGAAAGCACCCCAUGAACUAUUGAGUGAAGCUGAAAAGAAGGCGAACCAUAUUGCAUCAGAACAAAAACGGAGGCAAAAUAUCAGACUUGGAUUCGAGCAACUAAUUGAAGUGGUACCAGCAUUGAGUCAAGGCAAUCGGAGUGAAGCUUUGAUCUUGCAGAAAUCUGUGGAGCAUAUUCGACAUCUCGUAUCAACCAAGAAUGAUCUCAAAAAUCAGGUUCGAAGUUUGCAGGAACAACUUGGUGAACCAAGCUAUGACGAUGAUUCCUCCGAAGAUGAAUUGGCCUAUUCGGUUCUUGGUAGAUAA